UUCUGUUGUCACUGAACCUCUCUUCUUUUCUUCUCUUGCGCUCCUGGAUCUCUAGCUUCAACUUCAAUUUCAGCCUGAGCUCUCGAAAAAUGCGGUCGCGUAUUUUAGUGCUAUUCGUUUUUCUGGCGGUAUCUUCCGCGGAGCAACGGCCAUCCGACGCAGAGGAAAAAUGUUUGGAGGAGCACCCGAUCUUCCUCCACUAUUUUUCGUGGCCCGACUAUAUGGUACUCGCAGCGAUGCUGUUGAUCUCUUGCCUGAUCGGUACCUUCUACGGUUUCUUCGCUAAGAAGCAGGAAACCAGUCAGGACUUUCUGCUAGGAGGAUCUAGCAUGGGGACAUUUCCUAUGGCGAUGUCCCUGGCUGCCAGUUUUAUAACGGCUAUUGAGCUCCUUGGCAAUCCUGCAGAGAUGUACGCACAGGGUACCCAAUUCUGGAUGACCUGUGUGGCCUUCAUCCUCGUGGUGCCAAUCACAUCGUACCUUUACCUGCCCGUUUACAUGAAGCUCAGACUAACAUCGAGCUACGAGUAUCUGAAUCUUCGUUUCGAUCGUCAUUGCAGACUGCUCGCCAGUGGUCUAUAUAUGUUGCAAAUGAUUCUGUAUACAUCCGUGGCUGUGUACGCGCCAGCGUUGGCUUUGAGUCAUGUCACGGGUCUGAACACUUAUAUAGCUGUCACUCUAGUCUACGUAGUUUGUAUCUUCUAUGCCUCCCAGGGAGGAAUGAAGGCUGUCAUAAUGACAGACACCUUCCAGGCAGCGGUGCUGCUUGGAUCCUUGUUUCUCAUCGUUGGAUACGGUAUGUCUUGGGAAGGCGGUAUCUCUUCGGUGUGGAAAGUGAACGAGGAAUCUGGAAGAAUGGAGUUCUUCAACGUCAACCCCAAUCCAACGAUUCGUCACAGUUUCUGGAGCGUUGUGGUCGGUGGGACUAUUUACUGGACCACCAUGUUCUGCAGUAAUCAAGCAUCCAUCCAGAAGUACCUUAGCGUUGAGAGCAUCGGUCAAGCAAGAACAGCUUUAUGGGUAUCCGCUGCUGGCAUGACUAUAAUAUAUACUGUUAAUUUCUUGACUGGUAUGGUACUCUACAGCACGUACAAAGACUGCGAUCCUCUGUUGGCUAAGUACAUAAGUGGCCAGGAUCAGUUGCUGCCACUGUAUGUAAUGAACUUUAUGGGAAGCCUCAAGGGUAUGCCUGGCCUCUUCGUGGCUGGAAUCUUUGCUGCCUCCUUGGGGACUGUGGCCAGUGCUUUGAACUCUUUAGCAGCAAUUACCUGUGAAGACAUAUUUCAAGGCUUGUUUAAGAUAGAGCUGCCAGCCAGGAAGGGAGCAGUUUAUGCCAGGUGGAUCAGUAUCUUCUUUGGUGCACUUAGCUUUGCUCUGGUUUUUGUUGUAGAACGUCUUGGCAGUGUUCUGCAGGUUGCAUUAUCGUUCAACGGUAUGGUUGGAGGCAUUACCUUAGGAUUAUUCUCUUUGGGCAUGUUCGUGCCAUGGGCAAACGCCAAAGGAGCAAUUUCAGGAGCCAUCACCAGUUUGCUAAUCGUCCUAUGGAUUGGACUAGGAGCUCAAAUUGCCGUCUUCAAUGGCCAAAUCCAUUUGGACAGUAAACCCGUAUCUACUGCUGCCUGUCCUUGCAUUAGCAAUACCACAACCACUGUCCCAAUUCAUACAGAUAAUGAUGACAAUGAAGCCUUCUUUAUGUACAAGAUCAGUUACUUAUGGUACAGUGCAAUUGGUUGCAUUCUGACAAUGUUGGUAGGCAUAUUGGUGAGCUUUGCUACAGGGUUUCAGAAUCCAGCUGCUCUGGAUCAGGAUCUACUGAGUCCUCCAAUAGCUUCUCUCUUCAGUAUGCAGACAAAACCAUGUGCCAACAAUGUGCAAGGAAUUACCAACUUUGCUCUGGAGUUGGAUGACGAGAAAUACCAAAUUGAAAACACUAAAAGUCCAAAGUAGUUAACAAAUGUUAAAACAGUCCUAUAAGUAUUUAUUCAGUCUUUGUUGACUUCAUAAAGAUAAGUGUGAACUUGAAUGAGGAGACCUUUAAUGGGAAGAAAUAGUUGAUACUUAGCUACUGAAUGGUUAUCUAGUCAGUUUGGGAGGAUUUAUACUGACUGCACUAGAAACUGCUUCUUAGUUGCUUAUAGAAGAAAUCAGUGAGCUAAAAUGAAGAUGCCUGGUUUUAGUUUUUGAGAACUGAAGUAAUGUUCAUAAUGUUCCAUUUUAUGAGAAUGAAGUAUGAGAAGAAUGUCUUCUGAAUUGUGAGAGGAAAUUUAAUCCCUGAUGAAUGAAACUCUUUGUACAAAAAGACAAACCAAAGCAACGAGAUCUUUUACAACAGGUUCCUGAAGACUUACUGAAUAGUUUGAAGAGUAAAAUACAAAACUGUAAACAAAAGAGAAGAAAACUUUCAGUGAAAGUUUCAAUGAAAUUAAAAGAAGUAGAUACUCAGAGAAGACUCCUUGUCAGGAUGUGAUUUGUAAUGGCUUAGAAUAAUUUAUUUAUGGCACUAUUUUAUAUGGUACUUAUUUUAUUUCGCGAAUUUCAACCAUUCCUGAGUAAGAUUUUUCGAGGACGGUGCGAAUCAUUUGACAUCACUACAUAUUUAACUACGAGUUUAGAUGAUUUCUGUUAAGAAGAUUAGUGGUUAAUUUAUAAGUAAAAGUAACAUCUUAUUCAUUAGGUUACUUUUAGUUUCGUAGCAACUUUUAAGUUACAAUUCAAUUGUAAAUACUUAUAUUUUUAUUCGCUUUUAGAAAGUAUUUAAGAGUAUCCUUUUUAAUUCGAAAAUCUAAUCUCUGUCAGAGAGCAGAUAUGAUUUUAACUUUAGAUAUAUUUUUCCCGUUCGACGACGCUUUCGAACGAUUUUUACGCUUCUUCGUUGCUCGACAAGCACACUUCCGUCCCGAGAAGCUUCUUCCACCUGAAACGUCAAUGAUUCGUUUAAGAAUCUCCACUCAGCGACCCGUCGUCUUGGGAAUGGAUUUCUUCCUUAUUCUUUUCUUAUUUUCUUCAUAUUGUGAGGAUGAAAAGUCACUCGUUUCAUUUGACUGCGGAUCUGUACUUUGUUUGUUCGUUCGCGUAUUUAAGUGGCUGAGUAGAAUACAUAAGCGCUGAUGUAUUUUAACGUAAGCUUCUUCAUUUCUACGUGUUUGUAUAAAUAUUUGUACAUAACAAUGAGAAAAUACAAGGAAUAAUUAAGUUUA